GCCCCGGUGAGGGCACCUGCGCGCUGGGUGCGCCUGCGGGAGGUCGGACAAAGGCGGCGCCACCAUGGCUCUCAGCGCGGCCGACAAAGGCUCCGGCACCAAGGAUCUGGAAUCCCUUGACACCUAUAUCCAGAACACACUGUCUGCCCUCUACCCACCUUUUGAGGCCACGGCAGCCACGGUGCUCUGGCAGCUGUUCAGUGUGGCGGAGAGACUCCAUGGUGGGGAUGGGCUGCGCUGCCUCACUGACUUCCUCAUCCCAGCCAAGAGGGCCCUACAGCAUCUGCAGCAGGAAGCCUGUGCCAGGUACACAGGCCUCAUCUUCUUCCACGAAGGUUGGCCACUGUGCAUCGAUGAGAAGGUGGUGGUGCAGUUGGCGUCCCUCCGUGGAGUCAGGCUCAGGCCUGGGGACUUCUACCUGCAGAUCACAUCAGUGGGGAAGCAGUCAGCCAGAUUGGUUCUAAAAUGCCUCUCCCAGAGUGGACGAGGCUCAGAAGAAGUCACUGUCCCUGAGGCCAUGUACGGCUGCGUCUUCACGGGAGAGUUCCUGGAAUGGCUGAACGGCGAGCGGAACGGUGUCCCCUUACAAAACUGCUUGCUGACCUCAGGCUCUGCGGUCUUCCGCACCCCAUGGAGCAGUGUCACAGACCCCAUCUUUGUACCGACAUUCAGAACUAUCCUGCCCCACUGCAGCUCUCCUGGGCCUGAGCAGCCACCCCCCAGAAGCAUCUCCAAAGCUCUGGCCCCAGCACCAGCCGUGGCCAACACCCGUCCCCAGGAGACCACCCCUUCCAGCAACACCCCAACCCUGCCCCACUGCCAUAGGCAUCCUGGCAGUGACCAGCCCAGCCACCAACCUUCCCCAGGAAGAGCUGAGUGGGAAGGCCCUAGGAUCCCAUUUGGGAGCUCCGAUGGAGGCCUUGUCAGGGUUGGGCCCUCAGAGCUGGGCCCACGGGAAGGACCAAGAGGGAGCCUGGAUGCCACAGACAAAAGGGACAGCCCCCAGGCCCUCGCUGUCUGUGAGGACGUGGGCAGUCCAAGCUCCAGAAGGCAGUUGCCCAGGGACUCAGCCAGCAUGGAGGCCAGACGUUGGUUCAGGAAGUCCUACAUGGAGGCCCUGCGGAACCCCAUGCCCCUGGGCUCCAGUUCCGAAGAGUCUCUUGGGGACGAGGCCUGCAGCUCCCAGACCACGGCGGCCAGGGCAGCAGCCAGCCCAACCCGGAAGGAAACGCCCAGCCCCUGGGGAGGCUCCGUAGAGAUCCCAAGUCAGGAAAAAUGUCCGGGAGCCACAAGGAGCACUCUUCCCCAGAGGUCUCGGUCCUGGGACAGGUCCCUCAGGAGCUGGCGAGGUGACACCCGGCAGGCCUCCCACCACUCAGUCAGCACCAGUCUGGGAGGCCUCUUAGGAGGACAAGCUGAGGGGACCAGAAGUGCAGGCUCCAGCUGCAACCCCUGCACCACAGCGGAGAGUCCAGCUGGUGGUGACACAGACAGCAGCACCUUCCGAGGGCACGAUCCUGGCCAGAUUCCAGAUGUGCUUGCUGAGCCACUGUGCCCCAAGGGAGGAGGACAGCCACCCAGCAGAGGAGACAUGCCCAGUCAGAUGCCCAGGCAGGUGCUGGAGGUGAGCCAGGAGCUCCUGCAGUCCGGGGUCAUCACCCUCCCAGGGACCCGAGACCACCAGGGAAGAGCAGUGGUGCAGGUCUGCACGAGGGGCCCGCUCUGGUCCAGCAAACACACCUCCAGCAUCGAGCUGACCCAACUGUUGCAGUACUUCUACGGCAUUCCCAGGAAAGAGGUGCGGGAGCUGGGGCUGGUCAUCCUGGUGGAUGCUCGCAAGGGUCCAGCUGCCCCUACUCUCUUCCAGGCUCUGGCAGCACUGCAGAACACAUCUCCUCCCAUAAUUCAUAGUAUUGUGUUGUUGGUGAAUAAAGAAUCAGGAUUUAGGCCUGACAAGGAUAGAACAAUUCAGUGUGAGGUGGUGGGCUCCCUGAAGGCCUUGCACAAGCUUGUUGACAGCUCGCAGCUGACCGCAGACCUCGAUGGCUCCUUUCCCUACAGCCACAGUGACUGGAUCUGCUUCCGUAGGAAGCUGGAGCCCUUCACCACAAAUUGUGAGAAUGCCAUUGUUUUCCUACAAAAUUCAGUCCACUCUCUGAAUACCCACAGGACUCUAAGCACAGUACAGGAGGUCACAGACUUAAUCAGCAAGCAUAAAGCAACAAUGAAUUGUGUGCUGGAAGACGCACUGCUGGUCGCCCUCCGGCUAGAGGGUGGUACCGUGCUGGCGCAGCUGAGGAGGGAGCAGCUUGGCACCAGCCAAGACUGCCGGGAUGCCAUUGAGGUCGCCUCCAGGCUGUACAACCAAAUGGAUGAAGAGGUCCAUCAGCUUGUCCUCACCUCCAAUAGGUGUCUGCAGGAGCUGGAGAGGCUCCGGGAAGGGAGGAUGCUCCAGGAGGGACAAGGCCAGGUGGAUGGAUGGAUGCAGCAGUGCAGUGAGUGCCUGGAGUACCUGGGCCCGGAGCCAGUCACUGAGUAUCUGGAGAGCUGUCACCGGGAAGCCACAGAGCUGACUGCACAGGGCUUCCCCGGGGCCAGCGCAGUGGCGACAGGCUUGGGCAGCCAGCGGACGCUGCAUCAGAGGCACACCUUAGGGCUGCAGAGCCCACAGACCCGCCUCUGCUUCCAGGAGGCCCUAUCUGGGGUUAGCCCAGACCCUGGCACCCUACCUCUGGACCAGAGAGCCCUGAAGCAUGAGCUUGCGCAGGCGGCCGAGAGGCGGCACCGUGAGCCAUCCUGGACUCCCCCCACUGACCCAGAGGACUGCGUUGGGAAGCGGGCCCAACUGCUGCCUGGCCUCCCUGGACAAGCCUCUCUGAGCAGGCAGGAGGGUGAGCACCUGGCCCCAGGUGUGCCUUCCCCACAUGACAGCCCCACCUGCUCCUCCACGCCCAUCCAGACACCCACCACCCACCCCAGGAAACAUCCCCUGAAGAAAAUUAUGAGGAAAACACGAAGCUUUGAGAUUGCACAGCUUGACAGUGGCCCCAGGGAUGCCCCCUGGCCAGGCCACACUGGGGUCUUCAUCAGGGGCCUAGAGGUGACCAGCAGCGUGGCCUCCGAGAAGCAGUCCCCACCACGGCCACAUGCUGAGAGCCCCCUGGUCACUCGGAGCCGGCGUCUGUCCUCUCCCUCCAGGAUCCAUCCCUCCGAGGAGGACGGGAGGAGGCAAGCAGGAAGCAGCCGACUGCGGCACAUAAUGGCCGAGAUGGUUUCCACGGAGAGGGAGUAUGUUAGGUCCUUAGGGUAUGUCAUUGACAACUACUUUCCAGAAAUGGAAAGAACGGACCUGCCCCAGGACCUUCGAGGGAAGCGCAGCAUUGUUUUUGGGAACCUGGAGAAGCUGUACGACUUCCACCACCAGCAUUUCCUUGUGGAGCUGGAGCGCUGCCAGCACGGUCCCUUGGCGGCGGGCCGCGGGUUCCUGAAACACGAGGAACAGUUUGGCAUGUAUGCACUCUACAGCAAGAACAAGCCCCAGUCGGACGCCCUACUCUACAGCCACGGCAACGCCUUCUUCAAGGUCACCCCCCAACCCUGCGAGCCGCGCUGCCCCCCUCCGGGCCGGCUGACCCUCUCACCCCGGCCCUUGCAGGACAAGCAGCGGGAGCUGGGCGACAAGAUGGACUUGGCCUCCUACUUGCUGAAGCCCGUGCAGCGCAUGGGCAAGUAUGCACUACUGCUGCAGGACCUGGUCAGGGAGGCUAGCAGCUGCCCCGCCUGGGAGCAGGAGCUGGGUGAGCUUCGGGCUGCCGAAGACGUGGUCCGCUUCCAGCUGCGUCACGGCAAUGACCUGCUGGCAAUGGAUGCCGUCCGAGGCUGUGACGUGGAUCUGAAGGAGCAGGGACAGUUGAGAUGCCAGGACGAGUUUAUCGUGUGCUGUGGAAGGAGAAAGUACUUGAGGCACGUGUUCCUCUUUGAAGACCUCAUCCUGUUUAGCAAGACCAGGAAGGUGGAUGGGGGCUAUGACACCUACACGUACAAACAGUCCUUCAAGACAGCGGAGAUUGGGAUGACGGAGAACGUCGGAGACAGCGGCUUGAGGUUUGAGAUCUGGUUCCGCAGGCGGCGAAAGUCCCAGGACACCUACAUUCUCCAGGCCAGCUCUGCAGAGGUCAAGAUGGCCUGGACCCACAUGAUAGGGCAGAUACUGUGGCGGCAGGCUCUGCGGAACAGAGAACUCAGAAUGCAAGAAAUGGUGUCAAUGGGGAUAGGCAACAAACCAUUCAUGGACAUCCAGCCCAGUGACGCAGCCAUAAGCGACCGGGCUGUCAAGAAGGGAGCAGAGUCACGGACCCGAGCACCGAUGGUUGUGCCCCCCUGUGACCACGCCGCCCCCUUUAAGAGGCCACACUCCACCAUCUCUGACAGCAGUACCUCCUCCUCUGGCAGCCAGUCCUCCUCCGCCCUGGGGCCGCUGAGCCUGCAAGCAUCUGCCAACCCAGCCCUGCUGAGCUCCGCCUCCUGCCCCUGGCCAUAUGACAUGCACACCUGCCUUGAGGAGGAGGGGGAGUUGGAGCAGGAGACAGGGAGCCAGCCUUCCAUGCUGACAGAGUGCACGUCGUCGGGGGACAGUGGCCUCGGGCUCCCAGCGCUGUCCUCUGAGGGGGGCCCCCAGAGCGCCUCCUCUGCUGCCCCCAGGAGGGGCUCACGGCUGCAGAUGCCCAGCCAGUACACCACAACGCUGUGAUGUACUUGGAAGAAGCUCAGCCCCUCUAGGGAGAGUCCCCGUCAGAAGGAGCAGAGGGGCCUCCACCCAGACCUGGGCCCGAGGUCUGGGAAGGAGGCACUCAUGCUGGGGCUCCUGACGCACCCCCACUCCAGCGCCAGCCACACAGUCAGCACGCCAUGGGCCCUGCCUGCCUGGACAUCGUCUGGCCUUCUUCCAUCCCACCUGCACAGUUUCUCCGCCCCAGUCCAGGGGCUCAGAGGGCCAGGUGGCCCAGACGUCCAUGUGCGCACUGCUCUGAACUCCCCCAGUGUUCUGGAGGCUGCAGCAAGGUUGGGGUGGGAGCCCAGGGAACCCUGGUUCCCAUGGGGAGGUCCAGACAGACCUGGGGUGUCUCAGAGCAGGGUGAGCCCUCUGGGACCAUGCUUCGCUGGCCCUCCAGGCAACACAGGCCCAUGGACAAUGGUCCCCCAGAGCAGAACCCACUGAGCUGUAUCCCAGGUGUAGGGGUGCCUCUGAGUAAAUCUGGAAUCUCGGUUUUCUUUCGUCUUUAACAAGGCAUGUGUAGAUCGUGGGGCCACCAGUCACCACCACCACCACCUGUGGGCCUGGGACCCAGGUUGGGGUGAGGGCACAGCAGCUGGGCCUGAGGUCUGGGGUGUGGACAGUGUCCUGAGAGGACCACCCCUCACCAAAUGGAGGAGCAGAAGAAUAAUAAGCAGGGAAAGCCUGGGUAGAUGCCAGACCUUGAAGGAGCUUCCUGCUGGGGGGUGUCUUCCCCACGAGACCCCCAUCCUCCAGGUGGCAGCCAGGUGCACAGGUCGGUUCCCCAGCACGGUGAGUUGGCAAUUUCCAGCUGCUGGAAUUUCUUUGUCACUUCGUUUCAAUGCUGACUUGUUCCCAACUUUAGGAGCAUAAAUA